GAAAAUGUCGGCUGGCUGAUAUACGUUUUCUGUUAUCAUGAUACGAUUGAUUUCUCUUGGUUGUGUUUAAACGCAGUUUCUACGGGAAUCCACGGAAACCCUGGGUCGCCGAUCCUAGAAUCAAUCGGUCGUGCAUCACGUGCUCAAAACCGGGCGACGAGGCCUUAUGUCAAGCCAGUUCGGUAUUGGGAGGGCCGACGACGUGUGCCAAAAUGAAGAAACUUUUCUCGAAGAUCGACAACACGUCGAAGGAGCCCAGCGGUUACUUAGGAAAAGUGUUUGUUGUCGGGCGACACACCGUCACCGUCGAGGAAGUCCUUGCCGAAGGUGGAUUCGCCGUAGUCUUCCUAGUCAAAUCCUCAGGUGGUCGAUAUGCGCUUAAACGCAUGUACGUGAACAACGAACAUGAUCUUAAUGUUUGUAAGAGGGAAAUACAAAUCGCGAGUAACCUGAGCGGUCACAAGAACAUCAUAGGAUAUGUAGACAGCAGUAUUACUCACACGGGGGGAGGAGUUCACGAGCUUUUGCUCCUGAUGCCCUAUUGCAAAUCUCAAGUUCUCCAAAUGAUGAAUAGCAGGUUACAAACUGGAUUCACCGAGCCUGAAGUGCUUCAAAUAUUUUGUGAUGUUAGUGAGGCAGUAUCUCGAUUACAUCAUUGUCAAACGCCCAUCGUGCACAGAGAUCUCAAGGUGGAAAAUAUAUUACUAGCCGAUACCGGAAAUUACGUUCUGUGUGAUUUUGGCUCCGCGACUGGAAAAUUUCUGAAUCCCAGUGUCCAAGGGGCGUCUGUAGUCGAAGAAGAAAUUAAAAAAUACACUACGUUAAGUUAUAGAGCCCCGGAAAUGGUAGAUAUGUAUUGUGGAAAGGCCAUCACUACCAAAGCCGAUAUUUGGGCGCUAGGCUGUUUGCUCUACAAGCUCUGCUUUUUUACGCUACCUUUUGGCGAAAGCACACUCGCCAUACAAUCAGGAAAUUUCACAAUUCCUGAUAAUUCGAGGUACAGUAAAGCGCUUCAUUCGUUAAUUCGCUACAUGUUGGAACCAGACCCAGAUCUGCGUCCAGAUAUUUAUCAAGUUUCAGUGAUCGCCUUCCAGAUCCAAGGCAAGGAAUGUCCGGUUCAAAAUUUACAUAAAGUACCAACUCCCACAGUCGAAAGUUUGCCCUCUCCACCAAUGGAAUCUGAAACGGUGAAGCGCUCCUCGUCGAUAAAAGUCGCAAAACUGACUCCAGUGACAGCCGUGGAAGGAACUUCAGUGACUCCGAGGCAGAGACCAAAGGGCCAAGGUGUUGCUGCAGGUCCGAUAAGUUUGAGCGGGCAAAUUGUGGCUCAAAUUUCGGGCCCGGGCAAUCAGUUACCAGCCCAAGGAAAUGCAGUCUCCUAUGUUCAUAUUAAUCAGCAGAUCACGCCGAUUAAUGCCCCUCAGUAUCUUCCACCGAGUGUGCAGAAUAUUCCGAAUAUUCCGGUCAACACACAGCUCCAACUAUCGUCACAAUCGCCCUUUUCACAAGUCUCGCCUCAUCUGGUUUCGCCGAGUCAAAAUGUCCCUUUUGGCCAGACUCCGGCGCAACAAUUCAGUCAAUCCCAGAGCCCGCUGAUCAGUCAUUCGCCUUUAACGCAUCAGUCUCCAGUGACGGUUCAGGAAAAGAAUGCUUUCUAUUUUGAUGCGAAACCGCUCGAGGGAAUGCCUUUGGACGACAAUCUUCAGGCUCUCUUUCCUCCUUCAGGUUAUCCUGAUCCGUUUAAAGACGACACUCGCUCGAUGCCACCGCCAGCGAAAAUUCCACCUCCCGUCGCACCAAAACCAGGAAUAACGAAAAUUUCCCUGGCAAAUCCGACGAACGCUGGUGCAAAUUCGAAACUAGGAACUUGUCAAUUGCCGCCGAAAUUAACAGCGAAUAAACUAACACAGCCGAUGGUUCCUCCUGUUUUACCAAAGCCCGUUUCAGUUAAAACUGAAAGCUUAAGUCAGAAUAUUAGUUCGAGCAGUUCACCACCUGAAAGUCCAACAUUGGCUUCUUCCAGGCACAGAAGAAACGUGAGCGACACGAGUGCAUUCAAUAAAGUGUUUGCAAAUGAAACCUCGCAAUUCCUGGCACCUUACGAAGCUUCGGUUAAACCUAGACCGGAGGAUUGUUCAACUCCAGAGGUUCCAACUGAAAUAAAGCCUGGCGUUGGCGCCAGUGCGUCGCAUGUACGUGUUGGUGAGCUUUCAAGUGUGGCAGGAAUCGAGAGUCGGUCACUAAGUGCAGAUGUAGCAGCGUGGAAUCCAUUUGAAGAUGCUCAACCCUUUAGUCAACUUACAGAGGAUCAUAUUUUUGGUGCUGAAUUUGAUAAGAUUAGAAGAGGAAGUAACAGCAGUAUUGGUGGCGUAAAAAGCCGAGAAAGCUUAGUAAUGUCUUACACGGAAGUGCCAGAGGACCCUUUCGAAUCGGCUCCGUUCAACUUACCUACGAGCAAAAAGAACAAACUGGGAUCAAAGGCAACGGCAAUCGCUGGAGGAGUGAUCGAGGAGCCACGAGUGAAGAUCUUCACCCAGUGGAGUCCGGAAGCCGAGAAUGCAGGAAUCGACGACGAGGCAUCCCUAUUAGCAGAAUCUAGUCCCGUAUCUCCUCCCUUCGUGAAAGCCCCGAUAGAGGAUCGCUCAAAAUACGAGAAACUGGCCUUCAACGCCGACGAGGUGUCCAGUGACAGCGACAAGGAAAUUGCCCAAAGAACCGAGGACCGGACCAAGAAGAAGAGACGGCGCAUGAAAGCCGUCCUGAACCGCAGAAGAAAGGAUCCUUCCCAGGACACGAAUAGCGCAUCCGUCGGUUACGAUUCCGAUGACUCGAUCGGCUCCGCCUCCGACCUCAAGGCCAUGAACGAUGAGGACUGCAACGGAGACAACGAAGACGACCGGGAGAAAAUCGACGAGACCAUUUCCGAAAGUGUCAGAACCUGUGGAAGUUCCGCUUAUCACGCCGAGUGCGAGUCCGUAGCCACUCAUGAGGACGAUCACAGAUUGAAAAAACAUCGAAGACAUCAUCGAGACCAACAACAACAGCUGGCCACGAUUGAUGCCGAUCCAGUCGUGGGACAUCAGUACGGCGAAAAACCUCUUCUCCUGGACGACGAGCUCGACCCCGAAGCGAAGCCUGAACAGUCCCACGGCGAUCCUUUUGUCGGUCAUCAGUACAGAGUCAAACCUUUGAUAAAUAACGGCAGUUCUUCAGACGAUGACGGGGAAAAGCUGAAGAAGACCCUGAAGAACAACGGCAUAUGGAAAGCGGAUGAAGACGUGUUUGCCCUCGCGCCUUUCCCCAGGUCAAACAGUUCACGAAAAAGCAGCUGUAGUCGAGACAGUUCGAGAAACGCUGAACAAAGCAUCGCCAACUCGCCCCAUCAUUCGAAUCUGGUAACGCCAAUUGGCAACUCGCCAAUCAUAUCCGGAACAUUGGUCGACAUUGAUGACGAGGCGGAUGCCGAUUAUAGUUUCGUGCCUUCAAGGAUCCCAAAAGCGCUCGACCAGCUGAAGAAUAGUUACAAUAACUUUUCGUUGCCGAGACACAGGAGCCAGGACAACUCUCAGGAAGAGACUGUGGAGAAGGAUCUAUUCGGAUCCUCGCCUUUCAGCUCAAGUGAUUUUGUUUUCGGAGAGGUGGAUCCUUUCGUUGCUCCGGACAAAAGUGUCAAGAUGAUUCAUUCAGUGUCGAAGAUGUCUAAUCCCAUUCCCAUGAUGGUUAAUCCUACUCCGGUGAUGACUAAUCCGCUACCCAUCUAUCCGGAUUAUUCAAACUCAUCUCUUCCCUACCAGAAGAAUUUUUCCCGGAACAAUCCGGUCACAUCGUCAUCAUCGAAAUUCGGAGUCGUAACUGUGAAAUCUCUCGCUGACGAUGAUUCCGAGCCGAAAGAUCUCUUCGGAUCGAUUCCAUUCGACGAGUUUACAACUCUUAAUCUGAGUAUCCAAGAAAGACCAACUUCCCUCCCUCUCGCACAAUCGCCAACAUUUGUCGACAGUGCGCUCACCACAAUUUUGUCGACAAGUGCUCAGUCCGGACAACACUCAAUCAGAUCUGUACAGAUUCAGCCGGAUUAUUGUCGACAGGUUGAGCACGCAACGAGAAUCACGAUCCAGGGGUCGACGAAUAGCGUCUCGAGGUCGGAAAUCACCUCGGAUAUUGUUUCACCACUGUCACCGGAGCCUCUAGUCAUGAACGAUGAUUUGCCGAAGAACUCGAAGAGGGAAAAGUCAAGAGGUGACAAGUCCAAGUAUCAUCUGAUCAGUGAGAAUAGAAGCGAGACGAUUAAUGUUCUGCUGCCGGUGAAAAUUGCGCAGAAGAGCAAGGUGGCGACGAGUUAUAAGAAGACGCCGAAGAAGAAGAGUGCGCCGGUCGCUGCGGCCGGGGUUAGUAAUAUGAGUUUUGAGGAUUUUCCGAGUGAUGAGAAUGAUGAGAGACAUGCAGGCAUGACAGUGGCGCCUUUUGAAGUAAUUCGGGAACCGGAAAAAAGAUUCGGAUCGUUGAAGAGGAGGAGCAAUCCGUUUACUUGAGGGCACGUUAGUGGGAAACUGGACAAGGUUGUUCGAAGGUAUGCAAGUGUUUUAUCUGGAGGAAAAUGUACUAGGUUCAAAUUCUAAGGAAUUUUAACUGGGAAGUACUUUUUUUUUUGUUAUUUGUUAUUUGGUAACACUUUCCUUCAAGGAUUGUGGAUUUUCGAUAGCGGAGUUUUUGUGAAAUGAGAUAAAACUUUAUUUUUAAAUAUUUCGAUGGUGGUAACAUUUUUUUUCUGAUAUGGAAAGAGGUAAUUAAAUUACGUUAACUCUCUAAAUAUUUAUACGCCCACUCGCCCACCGUCUCCGACAUCUUAUUGUACGUAAUUUUUAGUUUCCAGAAAUAUUUGUUUAGGUAUUGCUACUAAAAUUAGAUAGAUUUUUUUAAUUAUUCCCUGAUUUCUGCUUGACUAAUUUUUCAGUUUUCUUGAUCAGUAGUAUUCAAAUAUCAGCAUUUUUAUUUUUUAAUACUUUUAACCCUUUCCGGCAUACAUUUUUCAGGGCAACGAGUUUUCAUGAAAAUUGGUACAUAGGAUUUUUUGGGGUCG